CGACUUGUGGCUGUCGCUCGAAGCGCGCAAUCAACAUGGCAGCCUCCAUUCCAAAUGUGCGGGACAAGAGCAGUGAAGAUUCUGCGGUUAGAAAAAGGCGACCUGGACAGUCGAAAAGCGCGCAGGAAAGCGACUUGAAAAGCAACAAACCCGAGGAAGAAGAUAAACGCAAGCAUGGAACUAAAGGACCGGCGCCCCCUUUGCAAAGUGGCACUUUCUGGCUGACGAGGAUUGUUCUUCUUCGGUUUCUUGCUUUUAUUUACUUCGUGGCCUUCCUGGUCGCCUACCAUCAGAACAGAGAGCUGAUCGGAGAGAAGGGCCUGUCGCCAUGCAGACUUUACCUGAGCAGCGUCAAGCGCUAUGUGGGCGGGAAGAUCAACCUGGCAGCCUUGAGCUACACCCCUACCCUCCUGUGGUUCAUGGACUGGACAGACAUGGACGCCAACCUGGAUCACAUUGCCCUCGGCGGCCUGGCGCUGUCUGCCUUUGUUCUGGUCGCCGGUUGUGCCAACAUGGUGCUGAUGUUUCUCCUGUGGCUCCUCUACCACUCGCUCGUCAGCGUUGGGCAGAUCUGGUACUCCUUUGGUUGGGAGUCUCAGCUACUGGAGACGGGAUUUCUAGGCAUCUUCUUGUGCCCCUUGUGGAGCUUGCAGAGGGUGCCGCCAAACACUCCGCCGUCUGGCAUCGUCAUCUGGGCCUUCCGCUGGCUCAUCUUCCGCAUCAUGCUGGGGGCGGGCCUGAUCAAGAUCCGAGGAGACCAGUGCUGGAGGGACCUGACCUGCAUGGACUACCACUACGAGACCCAGCCGGUGCCCAACCCCUUGGCGUAUUACAUGCACCAGUCCCCCCGGUGGUUUCAUCGCCUGGAGACCCUGACAAAUCACUUCAUCGAGCUCGUCGUCCCCUUCUUUGUCUUCAUGGGACGCCGGAUGUGUGCCCUCCACGGAGUCCUGCAGCUCCUCUUCCAGGCCCUCCUCAUUCUGAGUGGAAACCUUAGCUUCCUGAACUGGCUCACCAUGGUGCCCAGCGUCGCCUGCUUCGAUGAUGCCAGCCUGCGCUUCCUGUUUCCCUCCGGACCCAAAGGAGUUGUGCGGCAGGUGUCUCGGAUUCAAUCGGAGGAGUGUCCGGUGCCUACCAAGGGCAUGUUGAUCCGGCGGGCGGCGAAUGUGUCGGUGGGCCUCCUCAUCGCCUACCUCAGUGUGCCCGUGCUCCUCAACUUGCUGAGCGCCAGACAGAUUAUGAACACGUCCUACAACCCCCUGAGAAUCGUCAACACGUACGGGGCCUUUGGCAGCAUCACAAAGGAGCGGACUGAGGUGGUCCUCCAGGGGACGUUGAGCUUGGACCCCAGUGAUCCCAGUGCCUUAUGGGAGGAGUACGAGUUCAAGUGCAAGCCGGGGGGGCUGGCGCGGAGGCCGUGCCUCAUAUCGCCAUACCACUAUCGGCUCGACUGGCUCAUGUGGUUCGCUGCGUUCCAGACUUACGAGCAGAACGAAUGGGUGAUCCAUCUGGCAGGGAAGCUGCUGGCAAACGACCCCGGGGCCUUGGCACUGAUUGAGCACAACCCUUUCUUGGGCCGGGGGCCUCCAAGGUGGCUGCGAGGAGAGCAUUUCAAGUACAAGUUCAGCAGCCUUGGCGGUGGGCACGCCACGGAGGGCAGGUGGUGGGUCCGCCGGAGGAUCGGGCCGUACUUCCCGGCCAUUAACUUGACUGGCCUCAGGGGGUACUUUGAAGCCCGCGACUGGCCGCACCCCGAGAUCCAGUGAUAAGUGACCACGAUGAAGGUAGUGACCAAAGGGGCCCACAUCACAUAGUGCUGCUGCGCACUUCUUUGAGGGCACCUUGUGCCAUCUGGGAGGGUCGUGUGAUGCCCGUGUGUGUGUGUGUGUGUGUGUGUCCUGUCCGUCCAGGCAAUAAACCUCAAUUUUAACAGAA